GGCUGAGAGGAGACGCUGACAAGGGCCGCAUGGAGGACCCCGUGGCUCCCGGGGCCGGGAGCUCGUCUGCCAAUAGCAACGGCAACGGCGGCGGCAAAGGGAAGCAAGCGGCACCCAAGGGCCGGGAAGCGUUCAGAAGCCAGCGGCGGGAGUCGGAGGGCUCUGUGGACUGUCCCACUCUGGAAUUUGAGUAUGGAGAUGCAGACGGGCACGCAGCAGAGUUGUCAGAAUUGUAUAGCUACACUGAAAACCUGGAAUUCACCACUAACAGGAGGUGCUUUGAAGAAGAUUUCAAGACUCAAGUGCAGGGCAAGGAGUGGCUGGAAUUGGAAGAAGAUGCCCAGAAGGCCUAUGUGAUGGGACUCCUGGACCGACUGGAGGUGGUCAGUAGGGAGCGGCGACUGAAGGUGGCCCGGGCUGUUCUGUACCUGGCCCAAGGCACUUUUGGGGAAUGUGAUUCAGAGGUCGAUGUACUACACUGGUCCAGGUACAACUGCUUCCUGCUCUAUCAGAUGGGGACCUUCUCGGCCUUCUUGGAACUACUCCACAUGGAAAUCGACAACAGUCAGGCCUGUAGCAGUGCUCUUCGGAAACCAGCCAUCUCCAUUGCUGAUAGCACAGAGCUCAGGGUGCUGCUGAGUGUCAUGUACCUAUUGGUGGAAAAUAUUCGCCUGGAGCGAGAGACAGACUCCUGCCGUUGGAGGACAGCACGGGAGACCUUCCGCACUGAACUGAGCUUCUCCAUGCAUAAUGAGGAACCUUUUGCCCUUCUGCUUUUCUCCAUGGUUACCAAGUUCUGCAGUGGCCUGGCUCCCCACUUCCCCAUAAAGAAGGUCCUGCUUUUGCUCUGGAAAGUGGUUAUGUUUACCCUCGGUGGAUUUGAGCAUCUACAGGUUCUCAAAGUACAGAAGCGAGCAGAACUGGGACUGCCUCCGCUGGCUGAAGAUAGUAUCCAGGUGGUGAAGAGCAUGCGUGCCGCUUCCCCGCCCUCUUACACCCUUGACCUGGGGGAGUCUCAGCUGGCACCACCACCCUCUAAGCUGCGAGGCCGCCGUGGUUCUCGAAGGCAACUCCUCACUAAGCAGGACAGCCUGGACAUCUACAAUGAAAGAGACCUCUUUAAGACAGAGGAGCCAGCCACAGAGGAGGAAGAGGACUCUGCUGGUGAUGGAGAACGAACCUUGGAUGGAGAAUUAGACUUGCUAGAGCAAGACCCUCUGGUGCCACCUCCACCCUCACAGACAUCCCUUUCUGCUGAGCGGGUGGCCUUUCCCAAGGGCCUACCCUGGGCCCCAAAGGUCAGACAGAAGGACAUUGAGCACUUCUUGGAGAUGAGCAGGAACAAAUUCAUCGGAUUCACUCUCGGGCAGGACACAGAUACCUUGGUUGGAUUACCCAGGCCCAUCCACGAGAGUGUGAAGACUCUAAAGCAGCACAAGUACAUCUCCAUUGCAGAUGUUCAAAUCAAGAAUGAGGAGGAUCUGGAGAAGUGCCCCAUGUCUUUGGGGGAAGAGGUGGUACCAGAAACGCCAUGUGAAAUCCUCUACCAGGGCAUGCUCUACAGCCUCCCUCAGUACAUGAUUGCUCUACUUAAGAUUCUGCUGGCUGCAGCCCCCACCUCCAAAGCUAAGACAGACUCUAUCAAUAUCCUGGCAGAUGUCCUGCCUGAGGAGAUGCCCAUCACUGUUCUCCAGAGUAUGAAGUUGGGCAUCGAUGUGAACAGACACAAGGAGAUCAUUGUAAAGAGUAUCUCUGCCCUGCUCCUGCUCCUCCUCAAACACUUCAAACUGAACCAUAUCUACCAGUUUGAAUAUGUGUCACAACAUUUGGUAUUUGCCAACUGCAUUCCAUUGAUCCUGAAGUUCUUCAAUCAAAAUAUCUUGUCGUACAUCACUGCCAAAAACAGCAUUUCGGUCCUGGAUUACCCUUGCUGUACCAUUCAGGAUUUGCCGGAGCUUACUACAGAGAGUCUGGAAGCUGGAGACAACAAUCAAUUCUGUUGGAGGAACCUCUUUUCCUGCAUCAAUCUUCUGAGGUUGCUCAACAAACUGACCAAAUGGAAGCAUUCCAGAACCAUGAUGCUGGUGGUAUUCAAAUCAGCUCCAAUCUUAAAGCGGGCCCUCAAGGUCAAACAGGCCAUGCUGCAACUUUAUGUUCUGAAGCUGCUAAAAAUACAGACCAAGUACCUGGGGCGCCAGUGGAGGAAAAGUAACAUGAAAACCAUGUCAGCCAUCUAUCAGAAAGUACGCCACCGCAUGAAUGAUGACUGGGCUUAUGGGAAUGACAUCGAUGCCAGGCCAUGGGACUUCCAAGCUGAAGAAUGCACCUUGAGGGCUAACAUUGAGGCUUUUAACAGCCGCCGGUAUGACAAACCCCAGGACUCUGAAUUUUCACCUGUGGAUAACUGCUUGCAGAGUGUGCUGGGGCAGAGGUUGGAUCUACCUGAGGAUUUCCACUAUUCAUAUGAGCUCUGGCUGGAGAGAGAGGUGUUUUCCCAGCCCAUCUGUUGGGAGGAGCUGCUCCAGAGUCACUGAGCUCUUAGGAAAAAAACAUCUGAUAGAUGAGGUUUGGCUCCAAUAAAUGGUGCUCUGCCUACCCUGCCCAUUCGGCCUUUGUUUCCAGCUCUGAGAGUGCUUGUUCAGGGGAAAGCUGGCCUAGCCCAAGGACAUCCAGUGUAGUGCAGGGCCAUUCUGGGGGCUUUGGGCCUAGAGAUAGUACAAGGCUAGGAUCCUGAGUCACAACAGAUUGGUCAACUUGCAUUGGGGUCAGUUGGGUGCCAAGUUGGCCUUGAACAUCUGCUGGAUCAGUCCUGGAUAGGCUCUUUUGUGGGACCGCUCCCUGCUUUAGUCUUGCCCAGAACCAGGACCAGGCCAGCCUUUGCUGGCCCCAAGAGUGAGAAUAAGUUUAUCAUGGCAUUUGACCCAUGACAUUCAUCAUAGGUAAUGGGAGAGGCAAGUCAUAAAAUAGGGAGAACAUUUCCUUCUUGUUUAUCCCGGAUUCCUAGGACCCAUAAGAAGUUUGGCAAAACCAACUUUGAAAAUAAGUGUGUAUUUUAAAUUAAAAAUUUUGACACCUCUCUCUAAAAUUAUUAGCUCAAAGAUGAUUUUAGAGCACCUGCACCUUCUUUGUAAAGGAUGAUGAUUUACUGUUACCUAAAUACUGCAUGUUAUAGUAAGGUAUAUCAUGUAAAGUGUUUUUUUCCUUACUCCUGAAGAGAUCUAUGUUCAAUCUGAAAAUUAUUUCUCUAUGUAUUGUACAUGGGGCAUGGAGUGCUUUGCUAUAGCCGGUCUGAAAUAGACCUCCUCUAAGGAUGUUUCAUGUUUUUCUGAAGCUACGUCAGUCUUCAAAUGACUGGUACACUAUAAAAAAUUAUCCCUUUCAUCCAAUUCAUUUUUUUAAUGACAAGUAAUUACUGAAGGUUUUAUUUACUGAGAUGGCUAUGUCCAUUUGUGCUUAUGAUCGAUUUAUUUUUUAAUUGAAUGGAAUAGCAAGAGCAUUAUAGCUUACCAUUUUUCUUCUGUGUUGAUUAGUGAUUUUUUUUCCUUUUUACUGUGAGUGCUUUCAAAGUGUCAUAUGGAGAUUUAGUAAUACUGUUCUUACCUUAAAGUAUUUUCUUUGAAAAUAUAGGGCUUGAUGUACCAACCUCUUUAAACUUCUUUUGAGGGUGCCUGGGUGGCUCAUUCAGUUAAGCAUCUGCCUUUGGCUCAGGUCAUGAUCCCAGAGUC